AGCUGGGAUCGGGCGAAGGCGCAGCGGGUGGUGGGCUCGCCGCUUGCACGGGGCGGCCAGUUCGACUCCAGCGUUUGGGCCGUGAACCCGCUGGCGCUGACUCUGGGGCUAGCCCGGGCAGCGGAGAGCUGUGGCGCGCGAGUGUUCGAGGGGACAGAAGCCACGGGGCUGGAGCAAGGCGCAGACGGGAGGUGGACCGUGGCGACGGCGGGGGGUGGCGCGGUGGUGUGCGACGAGGUGGUCCUCUGUGGCUCAGCGCACCUACGCCAUGGCCUCUCGCGCCGCUUGGCGGUCGCCACGGUGCCUGUCUUUACGUGGAUGGUGGCCACGGAGCCGCUCAACUCCGCGCAGCGUAAAUCCAUCAACGGGGGCUGCCUAGAGGAUACGCCGACGGUAUGUAACGACCUGGUGUCCCUCAACUAUUGGCGAUUCAUGCCAGAUGGAAGGCUACUCUUCGGGGGCUUGGCCCAUGCGUUCCCGCUAUCCCUCGAACGCGUGGAGAGUAAGCUUCGUGGCCAGAUGGAGGAACACUACCCCCAGUUGAAGGGCAUUGGGAUCGAGCACGUCUGGGGCGGAACGCUGUCGUUCGCGAUGCACGCCUGCCCGAUCGUCGGCCGCGAUGGCGCGACUGGCCCCUGGUUCGCCGCGGGCUUCGGCGGCCAUGGCAUCGUACCGACGUGCAUGGCCGGCGAGCUCAUCGCUAGCGGAAUCGCCGAGGGGGACGAGCGCUGGAGGCUGCUGCAGCAGACCCUCCCGCCGUCCUUCGUGUUCUGGCCGUUCUCCAGGCUCGGGGCGGAGAGCUGGUGUUGCGCUUCUUCCAGGCGCUGGACCGCCUCCGGCUGGCGGGGGCCCCGCUGCCGGAGUGGCUGCUGCCCCAGAGGCCGUGGUGAGCGGCGAGGGCGGCCCGCGAGUGCUCCCGCACCGCGCAGCGCUGCCGCCUCGCGCUCGCGCCCCCCGGGCCUCCA